GUAAGAUUUCGAAUAGAUCUAUUGACUGUCAUGUAUCACAUCGUAGCUAGAAGACUCGGCAUACAGAGCAUUCUGACAAUGAGACGAAAUUCAACUACUGCAAUCAUAUGGAAACCAAACUAUAAUACAAACAAUUUGUAUAAUGCCGAACUCUUUUAUGUGAGCGACGACCCCAAUCUACUUUAUCCAUCGAACAUUAUCAGAGAGAGGGGCCAAGAUAUUAAACUUCUAUCAAAUGAUAUUAUGGAAAUAGAAGUCAUGAUGAGUAUUUUUAAUGUAAUAUAUCUUCAUGUACAUUUCUUUUUCACUUACGAAUAUGAUUUCUAUAAUAUGGAAGAUAUUGAGGACAUAAAUAUUGAAAUUGAAUACAAAAAUAUUACAAAUACAAUAGAGGUUAGAUCUAACGCAGUAGAGGAAUCAUUAAAAAGAAGGACAAAUGAUGUUAAAUUUGCCGUUGGAAUGAUCGUAACGCAUAUAGACAAAUAUUCUUUUAUUCUUGAUAAUCAUGACGGUGUAAUCAUUGGGUGGCAUCGUGGAUAUGACAUAGAAAUUCAAAACAAAUUUAAGGAGACUAUUAUGUUUCCAUAUCUACAUCAAUGGGAUGAUUUUUGUCACAUUUGCCUACGUCAACAAUUUUCAGCCAGUGGCCAUCAACUGUACUACAUUAUUCUCGCCGAGAAUGAUAUAGUAUGUUAUGUGCAACAAGAUCAACUAUCCAUAUGCCCACCCAAAAGAAUCAAUAACAUAGAAAUUGGAAGAUAUUUCUCCAGCUUCAAAGGCACUUAUUACGUACCAAAUGAAAGCUUAAGAAAACAUUAUCCAGAAGAUACCGCUGCAAUAGCCAAAAUACUUGCCAAACAAUAGUUUUUAUUAUCUUAAAAUGUACAAUUUGUUAUAUAU